AUGAGAGUGGCCGUUAGGCCGCGUCUACACGGGCGGUUGUACCACGUCAGAGGCGUGGGGCUAGCCGGGGUGGCUACACUUAGGGCAAGGCGCUGUGCUGGAGCAGCGUGAGCCCCUUCGUGCUGGGCUAGCUGCGUCCGCACUAGGGGCGGUGUCGGGCUAGGAGAACGUCACUCCCCCACUGACAUAGGUCUGCCCCUACAAAACCAGCCACGUGUCCCCGCGCUAACCGCUGUUGGCUCGCAUUGCUCUAGGACAGUAUGAAAGGCAGAGGUGUGAAGACCGUACUGACUUGUUUGUCAGUGCCCCAUGUAGUGAAUCACUUCCACUUUUGCAGACCCAGGUAUGGAAAGGAAGAAAUCAUCUGUCGAGUGAUCCGGAUGGCCUCUCGAGAAUGGGCUUUCAGUAGGCAGUCAUCUAGAUGUGUUCUAAAAGAAUUGGAGUCAUUGGGGAAGGAACUUUAUGGAGCAAAGCUAAUUGCCCAAAGAUUUCAAGUUCGAAACUGUUCCCACUUCAAAGAUCCAGUGAGUGGCUCAGCAUGUCUAUUGUCCAUGACUGAAGAGGGUAAUCCUCAUCACUAUUUCAUUGCUACGCAGGACCAGGAUUUGGCAACAAAAGUGAAGAAAAAGGCUGGAGUUCCUCUUCUCUUUAUUAUUCAGAACACUAUGGUGCUGGACAAACCUUCUCCAAAAUCACUGGCAUUCGUUCAAGCCAUGCAGGCAAAUCAGCUUGUUCCAGAGCACCAGAAACAAAGUAUUGAGCAUCUUAAAGAAGAACAAGGACUAGUAAAGGAGUCUGAAAACAGAAGAAAACGUAAGAGGGCAAGUGGCCCCAAUCCUCUCAGCUGCCUGAAGAAAAAGAAAAAAGUGCAGGAGACCCAACAGCCUUCUGCUGCUAAGAAGAAACGAAAAAGAAAACGAAACCGAGCUAAAUCAGAAGCAAAGGCAGUGUCUGUGCAGCUGAGUGUGAAAGCAUAAAGCUGCCCAUAUAAACUGUACUGGACUUGAAUACAGCUUGAACUUUGUCCAAAGAAAAAAAAUUCUUACAAUUCUAAUAUGAAAAUAAAAGUGUUUAUUUUUAUGAAAUAUUAUAUUCUUCAUUGUAACUUUCACCACCUUUGAAUAUUUAUAUCAUCCCAAUAAUAUACUUUGCUCUUUAUUAAUCAGAUAAUUACAAAACAUUUCCCCCCCACUAUAACCACAAGUCUGCCCUCACUGAGAAAUUGGAGAGCUGUUAUGUUGCAAAAUCUGGUAUCUGGAGUGCCCCAAGUAGUGGGACUUUUUUUAUUAUUUAUUAUUUCUCUGUGCACACAACUGCCCUCACAUGUACAAAUGGUGUGUAUAUUAUUCCUGGCCCUGCCUUAGUUGGGAUCCUAAGGAGGAAGUGUAAAUGAGUUUUAUAAAUUUUCCUGUAAGGUGUUGUAACAGGAUCUCCUCAAACUGCAUCAAACCGUGCCUGCAUUUCCCACUCUCAUGUAAGCCAAUGUUCAAUUUCCAGGCCUGUGCGUCAGUAAAGCUUCUUCUAAUGUCAGUA